CUAUGCGUUUGUGAACGUACGUACCAACUCAACGAGUACGACAUUCGACGUAUCUCGUGUCUCCCGUGGCAAGUGUCGUCGUCACAAGUGAUGCGCGAUGAAGCUUGUGAAGAGGUUAUUCUGCUUGUUCCUUAUGUUCGCCGGCGCGAAUGCCGGGGGCCCAACCCUUGUUCUUCUCGACAAUCUCGCGAUCAAGGAAACUCAUUCGAUAUUUUUCAAGACAUUACAGGAUAAUGAUUAUAUCCUGACUUUCAAGUCAGCUGAUGAUGCAACUUUGCAGCUCUCUAAAUAUGGCGAAUAUUUAUAUGAGCAUCUGAUUAUAUUUGCACCUACAGUAGAAGAGUUUGGUGGUGCUCUGAGCGUAGAUGCAAUAACGGAAUUUAUAGAUGGCGGUGGAAAUGUUCUGGUUGCUGGUUCCUCACAGUCCGGUGAUGCUCUACACGAAUUGGCAUCGGAAUGUGGCUUAGAAAUAGAUGAGGAAGGUUCCACUGUAAUUGAUCAUAUGAAUUAUGAUGUUUCUGAUAGUGGCCAACAUACUACUAUAGUAGCAGAUCCAGCAAAUCUGAUAGAUGCACCCGUUAUUGUUGGAAGCAAAAAUAUCCCUCCAUUGCUGUAUCAGGGAACUGGCUUGAUUGCAGAUACAGACAAUCCUUUAAUUUUACGUUUAUUAUCAGCUUCUACUUCAGCAUAUACUUAUUAUCCAGAUCAACCAGUAAAGGAAUAUCCACAUGGUGUUGGCAAAAAUACAUUACUGAUAGCAGCUCUACAGGCAAGAAAUAAUGCUCGAGUUUUGUUCUCGGGAUCAUUAUUUUUCUUCAGCGAUGAAGCAUUCACCAGUCCUAUUCAAAAAGGACAAGGUGGCCAAAGAUAUGAAAAAUCAGGUAAUCAGAUGGUAGCCAAGGCCAUGGCACAAUGGGUAUUCAAGGAGAAUGGUGUCAUACGCGUAUCGUCUGUUCACCAUCAUCGGGUCGGCGAGACGCAACCACCGGCCGCAUAUAAAAUUAUGGAUAAUGUGGUGUACUCUAUCGAAGUCGAGCGACUAUCAAACGGCAAGUGGGUGCCCUAUGAGACGAAUGAUUUGCAGUUGGAAUUUGUACGGAUCGAUCCGUUCGUGCGUAUGACUAUGAAGCCAGUGGGCAAUGGUCGUUACGAGGGAAGAUUCAAGAUCCCCGAUGUGUACGGAGUAUAUCAGUUCAAGGUGGAUUAUACGCGCGUCGGACUGACACAUCUCUACAGCACCACACAAGUUUCAGUGCGUCCACUACAGCAUACGCAGUAUGAACGCUUUAUACCGAGUGCGUUUCCAUAUUACAUAAGCGCGUUCUCCAUGAUGGCUGGAGUAUUUCUGUUCUCUCUUGUGUUACUGCAUUACAAAGAGGACACAAAGCCGAAGUCCGAGUAACGUCUCUGCGUUCGUCGGUCAUCCGACUAGAUAUUCUUUCUUAAAAACUGCAAUAUCAUUUUAUUUUUCUUGGAAAGCGUGAUGCUAAGAGAAAUUUUCGAGAGUAGAACAAUUUUUAAUACCGACAUACACUUAUGUAACAUCGUUGCACGCCUUGAUGUGUGCAAUUUUGGUGCUGUUCGUUGAUGCAGUAUGUGAAAUACAGCUAAUGUAAUGUGUCACGAAAUGGCAUUCCUAUAUAUAUAUAUUAUAUACAUGUUAAGAUUUUAUAUAUUUCUUCAAAAGAAAAAGAAAAUCUAGAUAAUUUUCAUACAGUUUAUAUUUGUUUCCACAUUUCUUCAGAAAAUACAGCACUGUAUAUAAACCAUUGCAACAGGAUUGUAUGUAAGAUAUUAAUCGGGAUAAAUAAACAUAAAAAGUUAUCUACUGUUA